GUCAGCUGAGGGUCACGUGGCGCGGCCGGGGAGCGGCGGCCGCGGGGCUCGGCGCCGCCCGCUCGCCGGCGUCUAGCGGCUCACCAUGCGCGGCGGGCAGGGCGCGGCGCGGGCUCCGGUGCUCCAGUUCACCAACUGCCGCAUCCUGCGCGGCGGGGCGCUGCUCAGGGAGGACCUGUGGGUGCGCGGGGGCCGCAUCCUGGACCCCGAGAAGCUGUUCUUUGAGGAGCGGCGCGUGGCGGACGAGCAGCGGGACUGCGGAGGCCGCAUCCUGGCGCCGGGCUUCAUCGACGUGCAGAUUAACGGUGGAUUUGGUGUUGAUUUCUCCCAGGCCACGGAGGACGUGGGUUCAGGGGUCUCCCUGGUGGCCCGGAGGAUCCUGUCGCACGGCGUCACCUCCUUCUGCCCCACCCUGGUCACCUCUCCACCAGAGGUCUAUCACAAGGUCCUUCCUCAGAUCCCCGUGAAGAGUGGUGGUCCCCAUGGGGCAGGGGUCCUCGGGGUGCACCUGGAGGGCCCAUUCAUCAGCCGGGAGAAGCGGGGUGCGCACCCCGAGGCCCACCUGCGCUCCUUUGAGGCUGACGGCUUCCACGAUGUGCUGGCCACCUACGGGUCCCUGGACAACGUCCGCAUCGUGACACUGGCCCCUGAGCUGGGCCGCAGCCGUGAGGUCAUCCAGGCGCUGACGGCCCGUGGCAUCUGCGUGUCCCUAGGGCACUCGGUGGCCAACCUGCGGGCAGCAGAGGAAGCCGUGCGGAGCGGGGCCACCUUCAUCACGCACCUCUUCAACGCCAUGCUGCCCUUCCAUCACAGAGACCCCGGGAUCGUGGGGCUCCUGACCAGUGACCAGCUGCCGCCUGGCCGCAGCAUCUUCUACGGGAUGAUUGCCGAUGGCACCCACACCAACCCUGCUGCCCUGCGAGUUGCCCACCGGGCCCAUCCCCAGGGACUGGUGCUGGUCACCGACGCCGUCCCUGCCCUGGGCCUGGGCAAUGGCCGUCACACACUAGGGCAGCAGGAGGUUGAAGUGGACGGGCUGACGGCCUACGUGGCAGGUGAGUGGGUGACAGAGGCCCCAGGCCCCUCGCAGGAGGGAAGCCGCCCAGCCCCUGCCAGCACCCCCGGUGGCCCACAUCCCUCCAGCACUUGGCCUUUCUGCUCUCCAGGGACCACGACACUGAGUGGCAGCAUAGCUCCCAUGGACGCGUGUGUCCGGCACUUCCUGCAGGCCACGGGCUGCGGUGUGGAGUCCGCCCUGGAGGCUGCGUCCCUGCACCCCGCCCAGCUGCUCGGCCUGGAGAAGAGCAAGGGGAGCCUGGACUUCGGUGCGGAUGCAGACUUCGUGGUGCUGGACGAUGCCCUCCACGUGCAGGCCACCUACAUCGCGGGCGAGCUGGUGUGGCAGGCAGAGGAAGCCGGGCCGUGACCGAGGAGGUCGGCGGGAGAGGAGGGCCGGCGUGCGGGGAAGGCGCCCUCUUGUGCGGCCACCCUGGCGGGGGCUUGGAGACCAGCACCCUGCGGGGCCCUCCUUGUCUCAGCUGCUGCUUGCUGUGGCCCUGAGGCCCUCCUGGAGGGGUCUGCAGGUGCAGGGGUGGCUGGAAUCCAGCCCGUCCACAGGCUCCCGGGAGGGGGUGGGGUCGCGGCGCACAGCUGGGGGUGGACAGGGAGUGUGGACGGAGGCAGCUGCCCUCUGGCGCCUGAGCUGACGGCGGCAGAGGGGAGGCCCGGAGCCCAGUUCUGGGUGUGGGGGCCAGGGCUCCGUCCCACCACCUUUCCCCCGUGGGUAAGCAAGAUUCCAUUCUCUGAUGUCUCCUCUCCACUGCACCCCGCGCUGCGCCCUGUGGCUCGCCCAGCCUCGCCUCUUCACACGGAAGGCCUGGGCACCUCCUGUCUCAGCGGACGGCUGUGACGGGGCCAGACCCUGAGGGCUGGGAGCGUCCUCCACACAGAGUCCUGAGUGGGCCACACAGUGCUCGGCGCAGGAGGGGUGGACACAUCUCCCUGCCCUGCGGCUGUCCAGGCCACAGCCAUAAAAGUGGACAGCAGCCUGGGGAGAACCAGUCAGGCAGGGCCUGGCUGCUGGGGCCUGAGGGAGGGCCCCCGGGCAUGGGGCACCUGUGGUCGGGGUCUCAGCCUGCGUGCCCCCCCGUGAGCAGCAUGCCCCUGGGCUCUGGACCUGAGGUGCAGGUGCCACGCCGUGGAAGGUGGCAGGGAACGGCCCCCAGGCCGACUCCUGCCAGACGCUGGGGUCCCGCCCGCCUGCCCCGUUCCACCUGGUGCCACCACAUACCUCCUUCCGCUGCAGGGCACGGAGAGGGGUCAGCCGGGCCAGGCAUGGGCAGGGCUCUGGACCUGUGCUGGGCGUCUGGAUUUGAUUUGCAGUUCAGGAGAAAACUGGCAGUCCAUUUUUAAAAAUUGUGAUAAAAUAUAUAUAACAAAAUUUGC